AUGAACUCUAACGCUAUUAUCUUUGGAAUAUUCUUGGAAGUUGCUUUCUUCAUUUGCAGUGAGGCACCUUACUUAAAAUUGACAAAUGUUGUCUGUCAAACAUAAAACAAAACUUGGGUACAGUUUCACUAUUGCCGCCUGAAGGCUUAUUCGCGAAUCAAGACUAGCUUACAUGUAAACGCAACAUUUUUUCAUCCUGCCUACAAUGUAUCCCUCAAACUACAAAUGGUGAAAAAGGCCAGUGGAUAUAAGCCUUUUUUAUAUGAUAUCACAAUAGAUGCCUGUGCAUUUUUGCGAAAAAGAAAUAAUCCAGUUAUUAAUAUGUUUUAUAAUAUUAUAAAGGAUUACACCACUUUAAAUCAUACCUGUCCUUAUGUGGGAUUGCGGGUGGUAAGCGAUUUACAUGUCUCUGAUAUUCCUGUUCCAUUCUGCGUAAAUACAUAUUUCACCUUUGUAGAGGAUUUCUGA